AGUGUUACGGCGAACGUCGUACCUGUUGUGUGUGUGUUUCCACGAUUUUCGAUUUGUCCACCGAAAAGUGCCAGGCAAAAAAAAAACAAACAAAGAGCUACGAAGGAGUGAAAAAGUCCUGCAUAUCGCAGACAAUAGCAACAGUUGGCAGCAGAUCGCUGGUGAACAGGAGAGCAAAAUGUUUGAAGUCGCCUGCCUGAUGUUCAUCUGCCCUUGGCUCAUACUCGUACUGCUCAUGUUCAUCGCCAUGACUGUACUCUAGUACUCUAGUUGAAAAAUGUAAACACAAACUGAGAGGAAAAUAACGAACAAGAAUGGGCACACAAAUUGCAACAUAUCCGCUGGCAGUGUGCCCAAAUAAUCAUCGGAAAUUAACAGAAGAUUCCUCUUGCGCCACCCAAAUAUUCCUAUAAAAAUGUGCUUUGAUUGUUUUUAUUACCCCAUCGUUUGUUUGUUGACCGCACGAGCAAGUGCAAUGUGAUUUAAAUUAAAGAUCUUAUUAUGUAAUACGUAUUUAGCUUAAGUUAGAAUUUAAGCUUGGCAAAUAAACUACAAAGAAAUAAGCG